UUUAUGGCAGGCCCUGGAAGUAACUGGAAUCUAGGGCUCCUGGGCCUCCAAAGCAUUCCCCGAGUCCUGCACAUGAUCCUCUUAAUAGUGCUGACCAGGAUGAGCUUGGUAUUUGGUCAGCUCAUGCCAAUCUAUCAAGACAUAGCUCAACCAGCUCAGCUUCCUAAAUACCUGCGCUGCUAUCGGUGCCUCCUGGAGACCAAGGAGAUAGGAUGCCUUCUGGGAUCUGACAUUUGUCUUGCCCCACCCGGCAGCAGUUGCAUGACACUCUACAUAAAGAACAGCACUGGCUCUGAAAUCCUGGUGAGUGACUGCCGGCGCAAGGAGCAAAUGAGUGACUGCUCCUAUACCCGUGCUUCUCCAGUAGUUGGCUUCUGGAUGUUCUCUCGGUGCUGCUUCAUGAACUUCUGCAAUAAUCCUCAGAACAGAGUGAACUACUUUACUUAGAACAUCUGUGGAGACAUCUGGAGUAAAAGCCUGCCAGUUUCCAGUAAUUAUCUUAAUUGCCACCUGAACUCAAUCCCUCCCUCCAUCUCUGCUUCCCUUUAUUCACUGGGCCUCAGCUCUACCUACCUCCUGCUUGACACCUGGACUCCCACUCUGCCCCUCCCUAGACGCACUGUCUUGAAUUUUCUAGAGUUUUCUCUUCAAGUCCUCAGUCUGACAUCUUUCUUCCUUUCUGCUCCCAUCUCUAGGCUUCAUCUUUGCCCUGCUUUGCUUUCUGACUUUCUCCCACCACAGUUAUCUCUGGUUCCAAGUCUCUAGGUGUUCUCCCCAAUAAACUGAUGUAUUAACUGUAUUAUUUGUAUGUCUAUUCUG